GAAGACUACCUGUAACCAAAGGAGACAUAAAAUCAUGGAUAUCUAUUUGUGGAAAGUUGUGUAUAUUGUAUGUCUCCUACUCCUUAAUGCUACAGGCUCACUCUCCCAGCUGACUGAGUGUGGUCAGCCAGCCCUAAACACCAAGAUUGUUGGUGGUACAGAUGCUGCUCCGGGGUCCUGGCCUUGGCAGGUCAGCUUUCAGACACAAGGACACCAUUUCUGUGGCGGCAGCCUGAUCAGUCAGGACUGGAUCUUAUCGGCUGCUCACUGUUUCCAAAGCAUUACUGCAUCUGACAUCACAAUCUAUCUGGGACUGGCAAGACUGGAGGGGUCAAACCCUAAUGCACAAGGAUUAACCACUAGUAACAUUAUCAUCAACCAAGCAUAUAACACUAUCAGCCAUGACAAUGAUCUUGCACUUGUCCAGCUUGACGUUUCGGUGACGUUCACGCCUUAUGUAAUGCCGGUCUGCCUUGCAGCAAGCAACAGUGUUUUUCCCGCUGGCACUAAUGUCUGGGUCACAGGUUUUGGUACAAUUGGUAAUGAUGUAAAUCUGCCAUCCCCUCAAACCCUGCAGGAGGUGGAGGUGCCGAUUGUCAGUAACAGUGACUGUGAAACUGAUUACGGAUCUGGUUCUAUCACAGAUAAUAUGAUAUGUGCUGGCUUAACUCAGGGAGGGAAAGACUCAUGCCAGGGGGAUUCUGGAGGUCCAAUGGUGGUCAAGGUCAACGAAUCCUGGAUUCAGGCUGGGAUUGUGAGCUUCGGCUAUGGCUGUGCUCAACCUAAUUUCCCUGGUGUGUACACCAGAGUGUCUCAGUACGAGGACUGGAUAGACAACAUUAUCAGCAGCAAUACAACAGGAUUUGUUAAGGUGUCGAAUGGCAAUCAUAUCUCCCCUAACCUAUUCUGCCUGUGUUUUUCUUUCUUCAUCUUUCCAUUAAUACACGCCCUCAACAGGGUCCAUUGAUUCAACAACAACAUUAAUAAGGGGGCAGCUGGUAUUAAAAUUGCUCCCAAAUGUCUUAAAUGAUGUGGAAGUCAGGGCUUUGUGCACCACACUCAAGUUCUUCCAAUCCAAUGCUGCCAAACCACGUCUUCAAAUGGCACUUUGUGUACAGUGGCGUUGUCAUGCUUUAAAAGUUUGGGCCUCUUAAUUCCAGAAAAGUGUUUUGUAAGGGCGUGUGAGCAGGUGAUGCAGUUAUGGGUGGUUACAGUUUCAAUUUCAUUUGAGAAAGUGAAUAAAAGGAGUAUUAAAUGUUUAAUAUGAUCAGAAAGACAAGACAUCAGAAGACAAAAAACAACAACCUUGACAUUAGACAAAAUUAUGGAAAUUUAUUUAUGUAGAGUUUGUAUUUGCUGCACUGCCUAUUGCUAGAGAAUAAAUAUUAUAUUUAACCAUCAUAGUCAAUAUAUUUUAUUUAAAGUAUUUCGCUACAUCACAAGACUUUUAUCUUAUUUAAUUGCCGCUUCAUGUUUGUUGUGUUUUUCCUACUGAUCUUUUGCCGGUUUUGUCUUGGAUGAAGCAAUAAAAUAAAUGAAUAGUGACAUUAAGUCAUUUGGGCUUAGUUGGCCCUGAGGAUUCUUAAAUAUAAGGCAAAUAAGACUAAAACCAAAUUAAAAUAAGCUACCAUAACUUUCCUAAAGUGGAGGUUAGCUUUUUAUCUCAGAUAUACUGUUUCAGUUUAUCUGGGACUUAGCACAUGUGCCUAACUGGAGAUUAUGGCGUGCACAAAGCUGAAAAUAAUAUAUUCAGAAAUCAUCAAUGGUUUAAUGCCAAAAUUAUGCUUUAAGUUAGCACAGGAAAAUCCACUUAAUGGUCUUUUGGCAAGGCGUUUAGGACUGUAACUGAGCUGGGGCUCAGGACUUAUGAGGUCAUUUGGGAGACUCAUUGGGAGAGCUUGACAAGUCUUUACAACUGGGAGGUCAUGCCAGCAUGACAUUCCUAAAGCUGAAGUGCACUGUAAGCAUGAUGUCCUUCAAGCCUGGCAGAAGUGGCACAACUUUCUCAAAGCUGGUGUUCUCAAAGCUACAUAGGAUCCAGAGCAAGCAUGAUGUCCACUAGGGUGCAGAUUAAACCCAGUGUCAUCAAAGCUGGAUAAUACAGCAAACCAGAUGUAUGAAAAGUCAGCACAAUGUUCUUGAAGCCCUGCAGUGGUGCCAUUAGGACAUCUUUAUGCUGACUGGCCAUAGAAGAGCUUGCGUUGAGUAGAGUGGCAUGGAGCUGUGCUGUCAGUUAUUUCUCUCAGGCCCUUCCUCCUGGAGAUUUAUUUUCUACAUUGUGGAACAAUACUGAAGAUUUCAAAACUAUGACAUUCCACAUGUGGAAUUAUGUCAUUAAGCAACAACAACAGUCAGUUGUUAUUUUAAUACAUAAAGGUCAGCUGUUCUGGAAUAAUUUCUUUUUAAGAACAGUAUUGUGUCAAGUGCAUUUGUAAAACCCAUCAAGCAUCACGAUAAACCUUGCUCUCAUGAAGACCUUCCCAGGAAAGCAAGACCAAAACUUACCUCUGCUGCUGUCAAGAACACCAUUAACAGCACCUCAGAUGGCAAACACAGAUCAAUAUCAAUGGUUUAAAAUAAACUAUUGCAUUUAGAAUGAUUUCAGCAUUGUUUUACAAUGAUAU